AUGCGACUGCUGCUUCAUCUCUUUGGAAUCAUUUUACUGGUGCUAGUACCGACUAUGGCAGAGAAUGCGCCGUGCACGGCGCGCGAUGGUGAUGACUAUUACGACCUCAGUUCUCUCAGCGCAAAUAAGGACUACGAAUUUGACUCCCCUACUGGCGUGAAGUUCGUCAUCAAUGUCUGCAAACCGGUUCUAUCGGAGAAGUGGGCACUCAAGGUUGAUAGACCCGCGGACGUCGGUGGAAUCGCACAACAUGAGCGUGGUAGUUUCUCCAUAGGUUACGCAAAUUCCUCCCUUGCAAUGUACAACGGGCACCCGGUGUCCGUCAUGACCGGCGGGUCAGAGUGCGCGAAUACACAGGACAUGUACGCCUCUUCCGCCGUUCGCUUCAUAUGCGACACCUCCGUAUUUGGUGCCGGCAAGCCGGAGCUGGUUGCACAACUACCACCCGGGGACAAUGACGCUUGUGCUUUCUUCAUCGAAUGGCGUACCCAUGUAGCCUGUCCCACUCACGAGAAGACCGGCACAGUGGGAUUCGUAACCGUCGUAGCAGCGAUUCUGGGAACACUCCUCAUGCUGUACAUCCUCGUCGGGACGUUCUACAAUCGUUACGUGUUGGAAUUGCGGGGGUUUGAUCAGAUCCCUCGCAUAUCCUUCGGCGGCACGAUCGAGUUCCUCCGCCGCUGCGUUGACGAACUGAAGCCUAGCUCGUGGCAUGCCGGCGCAGGAGGCUGGACGAGACAACAGCGGGGUGGUUACAGCGGACUGACUGAGGAAGAAGGGGGCCUGAUGGCUGGACCGCCGGGCUUCUUGGACGAACAAGACGAGGAGGAGUCAACCGCGCCGGCAGCGGAUGGAUAUAGUACAAGACCGGCGGGAAUGGACUCUGACGGACAGCAGCCCAUGGACGAGCCUCAAAACUUCCUCCCCGCCUACCCGAUGUACGCGUCAGAAGAUGAGCAAUACCACCUCGUGUAUCCACAACAACACCAGAUGCCAUACCAUCAGGUCGUGCAUCCUGGCCCUCCUCCUCGCCAGAUGUCCGAUUCAGACCUCGCCAUACAGUACCAACGUUCCCUAAACAUGAUGCCUCCGCAGGCCCACUAUCCCGCACCCGUGUAUACCGCGUCGCCGCCACAUGGCGUGAUGCCGCUCUCUGGGUCCCCUCCCCCGCCAUCCCCCAAUAUGUAUGACCCCCUCUCUCCCCCUGUUUCGGGAUCAGACACAUCUGCGGACGGGAUCUACCAUCAUUCGAGACACAGCUCCGCGACAGGAUCCCCAUCAUCGUCGCGCGCCAACUCCCUCGUACACAGAAACCCGCUUAGGUACAACCCGACCCCCUCUCCUACGAGUUCUUCCGCUGGGCGCCGUAGCCGAGGACGCUCGAUUUCUGACGACGACGACGGGAUGGGUAUCGGAAUGGCCGAGUCGCUCGCUAACACGCGGAAGGAGGCCACUCGUAGGCAGAGGAUAGAGGCAGAGCAGCGGCGGCGCGAUGAGCUCCGGGAUGGCUAUGCUCGGCUGAAGGAAGUGCUGCCCGUUUCGAACCAGAAAAGCAGCAAGGUGUCGCUCCUCGAAAGGGCUUGUCACCACAUCAUGACCCUGGAGAGGUCCAACAGACAAAUUCAGGCACGUCUUGACAAGAUUGAGGACGAGGUUGUGCGACUGCGUUCUCUUAACGAGAAGAUCUCACUCGGCGUCGGGAACGGCAGCCCUUCGCCGGGACAGGGCAACGUGGACGCUCGACCAUUGUCCCCGCCGCCCGAGGAGUCACAGCAGCACCAACUCACUUCCGUUGCGGGACAGCAGCCCCCGGAAGAAUCGAGUCCAUCGGCUUCGGAAGGUGGAUUCUAA